AUGACCUUUGCCACCGGACUCGCGAACUCGCCAGACGCCGUCGUCGACAGCCUGCGCGACCUUGUCUCCCCCAGAUAUGCCAACCAGGACGCCGACGCGAUCCACCACUAUGCGGGCGCCCUUAUUGCCCGACUGAGAGUGGCGAACAGAGCCGCGAACGCAGCAACUCGGGCGCAUAAGCAGGUUACGGCCGACGCCAGGCAUGAGAUGGAUCAAGCGCAUUUGGGAUUGCAGAACCUUCUCUACGAGAAACGCUACCUCGAGAGGGAGAUUGAGAAAUGUCGCCAAUUCGCGUCCAUAUAUCAGGAUGUGCCCAUCUAUGAGAUGGAAGAGUUUUUGCAACUAGCCCCUGCGGAACUUCGGACUGAGGAAGUCCUGGCUGAUGAGCACCAGCUCCUGCUUAACCGGCUCUCGUUCGAGCUGAGUGAACGACAAAAGCUAAGCCAGAGAUAUGAGGAACUCAGAGCACGGAGAGAUCAGAUGCUGAAGGAGAGCAAGGCGAAGCAGGCUCUGACAGAGACUGUCAAAGGCCAUAUCGACACAUUAAUGAAGACUGCUUUGGAGAUCCAAAAGAAAGUGGAUGACGUUGUCCCUUCGGCGCCGGAACCUAGCACUGUCGCCACAGCAGCCGCUCCUUCAUAG